AUGGACAUGACCGGGCAGCUACCCGAGGACAUGCUCCUGGACGUCCUCCGCCGCCUCUCUCCCCGCAGCCUCGCGGCGUGCCGCUGCGUCCGCAAGGAAUGGCGCACGGACCUUCUCCCGCUCUCGCUCGACGGCGUCUUCCUCGAGUUGCGCGACCCGGACCUGCCCCUCGAGCGGAUGGAGCACCCCAUGCCCGCGCUCUUCUCACGCCGCACCACGGCGCGCCGGAUCGCCGCCAGCCUUGGCUACCCGGACACCCCCUGCAUCUACGAGUGCGGUGUGCAGGACUGCUGCAACGGCCUCCUCCUCCUGCUUUGUGACUACGUGGUUAAUCCUGCCACGCUACAGUGGGUGGAAUUGCCUACAGCGCCACGCCGGUGCUGCUUUCUCUGCAUGAGCAGUCCCUACCUCGUGUUUGAUCCAACGGUGUCGCAACACUACGAGGUGCUCUCGGUCCCGGACAUACCAUGGAACCUCCCAACGGGACACAUUUCCAAGCAUGCGUGCAUGGAUAAGCCGGUGUCCGAGAUGGAGUGGCCGCCUUCGCCGUACAUCGUGAAUGUCUUCUCGUCACGGGCCGGCGAGUGGAAGCAGAGGUCGUUUGUUCGGGAGGGGAAGGCCGCGGGAACGGUCGCCGAGUGCAGGUCGAAAGAAAGACGCAUACUGCGUUAUGCUGCUUACUGGCAUGGAGCACUCUACGUCUCUUGCGAAGACAAUUUUGUUUUGAGAAUGAACUUGUCAAAUGAUAAAUACCAAGUAAUUCAGUGCCCUCAAGGAAAGAAGCUAGAGUCUUAUGCACCUCGCCUCGGCAAAUCCAAGAAGGGUGUCUAUUGUGCGUUCCGUGUUGCACGUGAUGCAUUCCAGGUAUGGUUCCUUAACGAAACGGAUGGAAAGAUGGAAUGGGUAUUGAACAAUGACAUCAACUUUGAGCAUGUUUCAAAAUGCCCUCGUAACUUUGUUCGGGGACCAUGGAUCUUACAAGGAAGCGACAAUAACGAAGAGCUAGUCGAAGACAACUCUGAAUGGGACCCAAACAAUGAUAACGUGGUUAGCGCUGAAGAUUGGGUUGUCAAGUACGGUUCUAACUCAACAAUUGAUUUUCUUGGAUUUCAUCCUUACAAAGAGAUUGCCCUGUUUGAAUCGACCGGCCAUGUAAUGGCCUACCAUAUGAACACUUCAACGGUUCGGGAUUUGGGUCAUAUUAAAAUGGGGAGGAACGAGAUUGAAUGUUCUUUCCCAUACAUGCCAUGUUGGAUGGGGCCGUUACCCAGAAGCCAUUAUAGAACCCAGUUUUGUUCAUAG